AGGUUGUUUGACCAGAGAAGAAUCGAAGUGACCCUGGAGGACGUGGACCAGCAUCAAGAGGAGCAGACUGGAUGAUGACGUUGUCGGAUGCGUACCCGGCAGGAGAAGACCCCGAUCUCUCGUCCUGUGUGGACAAGUUGGAGCAUGGGAAGCUCAAAGACUGUGAGCAUGCGAACAGGAGCAAGCCCUACUCGGGCAGCCCGCAGAGCUGGCAUGUCAUGCUGGCGAACCUGAUCGUGUGUCUGAGGCAGUACCUGUCGAACCAGGAGCGCGACACCUUCGACCGCGUACAUGCGGCGGCGCACAGGCGGGAGGUGCCGACGGUUCAGUUCUUUUCCUUCACGCUGGAGCUGCUGCGUCGUCAGGCCCCCCACCUGGAGGACGAGUUCCGCGAGAUCUUCCGGCUCCGAAACGCGUCGAGGAGGAGGGCCCAGCAGAAGUGCUCGGGAGGUUUGAGGAGCGUCAAGUCCGAGCCCGCGCUGGAUACGCUGCCUACACAAGGGAGGAGGAGCGUGCCUCCGAACAGCCGCUCGUGCGAGGACGUGAACGAGGCGAUCUGGCGCUUCCAGGGCCUGUCGUUUGAUCAGGAAGGGAGCCAGACGCUGCUGUGCAAGCGGCAGGGAGAGGACGUGAGCCAGGACGAUCUGGUGAGGCGAAAGACGGGGAUGAUCGUCGAUCAAGAGCAUGUCAUGCGCUCGAUCUGAUGUACAUUGAGAUUGUAAAUGUAAAGGAGGAAGCGAGAGAUUCUUUUUGUGGAUUAUUCGUACUAAUGAUCUAACUUUCACUAUGUGCCAUUAAAACUCGAUGAAGAUGUACCCUCUCCCUCCCCUUCCUCUCCUCUGCUCUCCCUCCUUCAUCUCGUCCUUCAGUCUUCCCCUUCUCGUCAAGUCUUCAUCGCCCCGUCCUCGUUACAUCCCCUGCAUCAUCUCCUGUCCUCCCAGCGUCACACUCCUCACCGUCCCCUCGGGGGUUCGCAGCAGGAUGGGGACGCCACGCGCGAGGUCGGCGAAGAGGCGGGUGAUGCUGCUGAGGCGAAGCCCGGCCACGUCCUGACGCUGCACGGAGAGGAUCUGAGAGCCGACGAGGAGGCCAUGCUGGUCUGCGAGGCCGCCAGGCUUGACGGCCCUAACCGUGACUCUCCUCUCCUUGUCCUGAUGCAGCAGCAUCCCAACCUCCACCAGCUCAGGCCGCUGCUGGGCCGCUACUGGGGGCAGGGCGGAGCUUGUGGGCACCGAUGGCGGGUACUUGAUAGCCGUCAAGACGACACUGUAAGGCUCUUUGUUGCUGUUCAG